GAUAUGGAAAAGAGUGAUCUUUGAAGCUUGUCAAGUAAGAGUGUACAUGUUUGAAGAUGAUGUUCCUUCUCCAGAGUUAAUAAAUCAAAGCUGCUUAUUGGAUGUCAUGAGUUUGUUCACUCCAGUCAGCUCUGCUGUCAUGGAAGCUACAUGCUUACAUAAUGCCAAGUGUGAGUCACAGUUACAACAAAACAGCAAUGAAUCAGAAGUGUAUACUGUUGAAGAUCUGAGAAGGAAGCUCUGUCAAGCUAGAAAAGAAAAGUUAGACUUAACCAUUAAACACAAUCAAGAACUGUCUGACUAUGAAAGCCAGAUAGUCAAAUUACGGUCAGAAAUUGAGAAAGGCGAGGCUGUUCGACAGCAUCUGGAGUAUGAAUUGGCAAUUGCCAGAAAAGAUGGUCGUCUGAAAAUGUAUGCUGUGGAAGAGGAGUUAAAUGAUGCAAAUACCAAACUUGUGGAACUGCAAAUGUUAAAUGAAAAACUGCAGCAGAAAGUGGCAGAGACUGAGAAAACGCUUCAUAUUGCUCAGCAGAAGUGGAAAGAAGAACAGCAAAGACAUACAAGUGAGAAGGAUGAUAUCCGUAGAACUUGCAAGAAUGAAUAUGAAUUGCUUCUCAAGGAAAGAACCAAACUAGAAAGUUUUUUGCAGGAACAAAACAAUGCAUUGCAAAAUAUAUGUAAGAAAAUGAAAGAUAUGGAGAUGGAACACAGUGGCUGUACUGAGCUGCUGAGGCGCCAGGCCAAUCAGCUUGAAUACAGCGCUGAACGAGAGGAGCGACUGAAGAAAGAACUCAAAGCAGCUACAGUGAGAAUAAAGAAACUGGAAAAAAACACUGAAGCAGAGAGAGCAGCACAUUUGGAAUCCAAAUUCAAUUCAGAAAUCAUCCAGUUAAGAAUUCGAGACCUUGAAGGAGCUUUGCAGGUGGAAAAAGCCAGCCAAGCAGAAGCUCUUUCAGAUUUAGAAAUGAUCAAGAAAGAGUUUAAAGAGGUAGAAAAUGCAUAUGAGAGAGAAAAAUGCAAUGCCCAAGAGAACCUGGAAAAACUCAAUGUAUUAGAAAGAGAGUGUAUCUCCACAAACAAGCACAUGAAUGAGAAGAUUGAAGAGAAGAAGAAGAUAAUUCAAGAGCUCUCUGAGAUACUAGGGAAUAAUGAAAAAAACUACAGAGAAUUGCAGGAGGAACUUGCAAUGGCCAAGAAACACCAGGUCUUUCUAACAGAGACGUAUGAAAGCAACAUGAGAGAGCUGAAGUUACUCCUGGACAGCUUUGCUAUGUCAGGCCAGCGGACAGCAGGCACUUGUAAGGACAAAGAUAAACCUUCGAGCCUCUCUGUCCUUGAGACUUUGAGGUGUACCUUGACAGCUUACCAGAACAAGCUGGAAGAUAUGUCUAAUGAGCUUAGGAAAAUGGAGGCUUUGUGUGAAAAGAAGACAAAAGAACUGGAGAUAUUUGAAGAGAAAAUGUGUGCUUUAAGUGAAGACCUCAAGGAAGCUCAGGAUAACCUAGAUGAUGCCAAUAAAGAGUUAAAUCAUCUGCACACUAAAUGUACAGACAGAGAGACUUUAAUAGGAGCUUUAAGAAUUGAACUGCUGAAUGUACAGCAAUGCUGGGAGAAGGAGAAAGUACGUGUCACAGAAUCUGAAAAUGAAAUCCAGAAGCUUACCAGGGCUUACCAGAAGGAUAUGGAGGAGAAGCUAACCUUCCUCCAUAGCUUAUACCAGCGUUUGGUAGCAGGCUGUGUGCUUAUAAAACAACCAGAAGGCAUCAUAGAUAGAUUCUCUUGGUCUGAGCUUUGUGCAGUCUUGCAGGAGAAUGUUGAUGCCCUGAUCUUAGACCUCACCGGGGCUAAUGAGAAGAUAUCUCACCUAGAAUGUAUUUGUAAGAGCAAAUCUGAUACUGUGAAGGAGCUUCAGCAGAGCCAGGAAGAUACUUUUAGCGAAAUGGCUGAACAAAUGAAAGCACAGGAAAGCUGUUGGCAGAAACAAAAAGUGUAUAUGGAGCAGCAGUACUAUGGUCUCCUUGGGGAAGUUCAUGCAAGGGUACAGGAAUACCAAAAAACAGCAGAAAAAAACAAGGAAAAAAUUUAUGUCCUUGAAAGAAGACGGGAUAAAUUAGCCCUUGAAAAUGUUUCUGUGAAAAACAUGUUGACACAGGUUCAGAAGGAGCAUUCAUCUCUCCUGGUAGCCUGUGCUCUGUUGGCAGGUGCCCUGUAUCCUCUCUAUGGCCGAUCAUGUGCUAUGUCUUCCCAGAGGGACCUUCUCCAGGAUCAGGUCAACAUUUAUGAAUUAGUGAACCAGGAGAUUAGGACCCUAGUUCAUGCACUCUCUGAUGUAGAGGAAGACAGUCAAGAUGAUGCAAAACGAAAGAAAAGAAAACUCAAAGGCUUGAUUCAUGUUUUUCGAAGAGGUGUGAUUGCAGUUUUGGCAGCUAACAGAUUUAAAGUUUUAGCCCAGUCUUCUAGUUCCCUCUUCUCCUGGGUAGAUGGCUUCAAAGAAGGCAUUGGAAUUCUAGUUUGUAUAGGAGAAUCCAAAGGCAAACAUAAUGUGUCAAGUCAUGAAGAGGAGCAAAUUCACUGUGUUGAAGCAUUCAGCUGGUUUACUAGUUCUAACCUCCUUGCUGCAAUUAUAAGUUCUGUCACUGAAUUACAGGAUGUUGUUAACACAACAGAUCCAAAGCCCUGGCUUUCUGAACAUGUACUUGUAAAUGCAGCCAGGAAUUCCUUUUCAAAACUUAUGGACAAGCUGAAUGUAAUAAUGGAGACUGUUCCAUUAGACAGCAGAAGGAGCAUUACUUACCUGGAGAAAAACUCCUUGGUACAGAGAUUGGCUCAUGGACUUCAUAAAAUAAAUACCCAGGCCCUGGAAGCUGGAUUAUGUGACAGACUACCUGUUAUGAAAAGUAUAGCAUCUUUGCAAAAGCUGAUAUUUGAAUUUACACAAAGACUUCAUACAGCAGAGGUGGAACGCCGGUCACUGCGCCUAAAACUUGCUGAAUUUAAAUGGAGUUUCAGUGAGAUGAAAAAAGAAGCUGAAAAAGCCCAGAGCCUCCAAAAGCAAUUAAAUAUGUUUAAGCAAUCUAAGUUGAUCACCCAUGAGAGGUUUGAAAGUGCAUGUGAAGAAUUAAAUAAUGCAUUACAUCGGGAGCAUCAGGCACAAGUGCUUUUGAACGAACAGGCGCAACAGCUACAGGAGUUAAAUAAUAAACUAGAAUUGCACUCCAGUGAAGAAGCAGACAAAAACCAAGUCUUAAGUGAAACUGUAAAGAGACUCUCCGAGGCAAAGAUGGAGCUGAGAAGAAAAGAUCAAUCUCUGCGUCAGCUCAAUAGACUUCUUACCCAGCUGGAGCAGGACAAGCGUCGACUGAAAGAGAGCAUCCGUGAUGCAGAGAGUGCCCUCUGCAUGGCAGCGAAAGACAAAGAAUUGAUAAUUAGUCACAUGAAAUCUGUGGAAGCCACUCUUCAUAAGGUCAGAGAUCAGACCUUGCUGUCACGGACUGCGGCAACCAGGAAUGACUUCACCCUGCAGCUACCCAAACUGCACCUAGAGACCUUUGCAGUGGAAGGGCUGAGGGGCAGGCCAGAGGUUGUGGCAUUUCAGGCCAUGGUUAAAAGUUUUAUGGAUGUCUACCAGCUUGCAAGUUCCAGAAUUGACAUGCUGCUGAGAGAAACAGCAUCUCAUAAGCUUCCCACUUCAGCCCCGAAGUCCAAGAGCCAAACAGCUUGUCUUCAUGAAAAUGAGAACCUGCAAUUGGAAUCAAGAGGGAGUUCAAACAUCACCAUGGCUUCAAGCUAGGAAUUCAGCCUGACCAGAGCUGUAUCCCAGAUAUUUUGGCAUUGCAAGCUGAACCUGACACAUGCUACAGUUUUAUGCACAACAGAGCCAGUUUUCAGUCUUCAGUCUAUUCCUUCAGCCUGAAUGUCACAUCCAGUCCCAAAAGAACAAUGGAAAAUGGAUUUUCAGAUUCUUUGUAUCAAAAAUCUUUUAGAAGGAAAAAAUUGCAUUAAUGUAAAAUGAUGCAAUUAAAGUGCAAUUUUGUUGCUACCUUUGAGUUGUAGUUCAGCUUAUGUAUUUUUUGACAUUAAUUUUACGUUUCUAUGAAAAUAUGCUUUCAUAUGUUCACAUUUCUCUGCUUCUCAUUCUUUGCAUACCAAAACAGGUUUGUUUUUUUUUUAACUUUUAUUUAUUGCAGUUCAUUUUUUAUGUAGUAUAUUUUUAAAUGUUAAAGAAUGACACAUUUUGGGUAAUUUUCCCCAGUCUUUAAAAAAAAAUCAAUAAGCCAUUUUAGUCUCUAUCUAUCAAAGUUGUUUCAUACUUGUCUAUUUUAAAGCAGGACUGCAAUACUUUAAUAGGAUUGAGAGAGCUAUUUGAAAUGUAUGCCAAUGAUUCCUGUCAUUUCAUGGCAGCCCUGCCAUGGUUCACUGAGCCCCCUCUUUUCUCUUGUCAGCUCAACUGAAGACAAGCAUUUAGUUGCAAACUUUAAGCAGGUUGUGCAAAACAGAAAUGAUGUGACUGCUUCUCUUCCUGCACAAUAAUGUCACUGCUGGUCAAUGUGAGAAGGUCAGGUUGCUUCUUGUAAAGCUACAUGAUACCACUUGCCUAUUUGAACAAGUUGAGUUAGCUGCUGAAUCUGGUCCCUGCAGGCGCUGAAAACUCCCCUUUUAUCAAGUCUGCAUUUCAUCAGAAAGACGAACAAUUGUGCAGGGAGGAUUUCUGAUGAUAUGUUUAUGUACUUUAUAAGGACAGUUCCCAAACCAGUGUUGCAGGUAAUAUAUCUAGUUUAAGCUGAAAGACUUUAAAGUAAUGGCUGUUUUGACCUUCAGAUAGACUCCCUUUUUGUUGUUGUUGGUAGGACCCAAGAGUGACGCCCAUCUUUGAUGCUGACAGAAUUUAAAGCAAGGCCAUUGCCCUGCAUUUUCUGCCUUGUAGCACACAAAAGUAAAAUUGUAUGUCAGGCUGAGAUGUCGGGGAGCUGACAAGAUGCCCCAGUGACAUUUCAGCUGGAAAGAGCAAGUGUCUUGCAACCAAGUGGUCAAAUAUCAAAUAAUAGGUCAAGCAGGAAGGAGCUGAGUUCUAACCACAAAGAGGUUUCUGGUAACUUACUUGACAAGCUUUUGGGUGCUUUGUGGCUUGACAAAGUGAUGUUCUGUUGGGUAUCGCUAGACAGACUGUUCUUUAUCGCCUUCAGAAGAUCAGACAUUGACAUUGAUUAAACUCUUUAACCCUUAAAGGUUAAAUCCUAGCAGUUUCAUCAUUGUGAAUUAAGAACAAAAGAAAAUUUGUAAUAUACCAUUUGUUUUCAUAUUAAUCACUGAACUCCCUAGUGCUAUUAACUUUUGAUGUGCAAUGUAGUUUUUGACAAAAAGAUUGAAUGCAAAAUCUAUAGAAUAGAUUGUUUCUCAUUAUGGCCCAGUGAUACAUUAGAAAAAUAAUAUUAUGCAUUAUGGAAUUUGUAAUUUCUUCUAAUAUGUCAAGUGUAGGAUUUGAUUUUAAAGCCUCCUGACUACUACUGAAAUUCCAUUCUGGAUGAAAAACAAUGCUUACAUAGAUAAUACACCACUUAAAAUGACCAAAGUCUUCCAAAUACCAGGUACCAUAAAAGCUAGAAUAAAUCUCAAACUUACAACAUCUUUAAUCUUUGAUUAAAGUUAGCAUCAAGUGUUCAGGUAUUCCCCUAUUGCACAAGUCGAUUGCUUCACAGCCAUGAUGUGCAUGUAUGUAUGUAUACUACUACUACUACUAAUUAUAAUUCUGAUAAUUAUAGUGCUACUAAUAAUAAUUAAUACUAAUAACAGAGCCAUGCAAAACCAAGUAACAAAUCCUGCAGAGCUCUCACAUCUAAGAGCUGGCUGAUAGAUGAAGAACACUCCUUUUCUCUAUGAUGAUGUAUUUAGUCUUGAAUACUUAAGAAAGAAGUUUCAUUUCGCUCCAAAAGUCUUGGCUCUCCUCUUCCCUGACACAGACUGACUGUUCCUGGUAAAGGCACUGCAAGACUGUAUUCUGCUCUUUCAAAUACAAUGUCGAAGAUCUGUUAUAUUUGUCUGAAGAAUGAAAGAAUAUGUAUUAACAAGCAUUUUUGUCUUUAUUAUGUAUAGAAGCAUGUAUGUGCUUCACUUAUUAAAGUAUAUUCUCAUGGUAUUUUAUAUUUUGAGAAAGAAAAUGCCUGUUCUUUGCUACAUGACCUCAAAAUAUCGCAGAAAUUUUGCAGCAUAUCUGUCCCUUUCUCAUCAUUGCCAUACGUUUAGUAUUGUACAUGCAGAGAUGGAAGAAGGAUUUCUUUCUGAAGCAUUUUCCUUUUUGAAAUCAGUAUCUUAUAAAGACUAGGACUGAUUGGCUCCAGUUUCUCCAGUUACUGCUCCAAGCAUAGGUUCAUGUGAUUUCACAGGGGCCGUAGCAGUGGCAAACCGAAUGUAGUUAGUGAGAAUAAUCUAGUGAGCUAUUACUUCUUACAAGAACUAGCUUAUAUGUUGUCAUUGAAAGGGGAACAUCUAACUCAUUUACUCUGUUUAAAUAUUGAGCAACUCUGAGUUACAGACUAUUUUUUUAAACUCACCCACUUUGAAGGGACUUCGAAAUACCUUUUGUUUGGAUAUCAGAUGUCCCAUUUGUAAAGGAAAACUCCUCUGUCACAUUAUGAAGAAGUUGUUGAGUACUAAACCAGGUCAUCAUUAGUCAAAUACUCCUGUGUUGCUUUUCUAGGCAUCUGAUAAAUUGAAGUUUGUGAUAAAAUUCCAAAUGAAUAGAAGAAAUCCAGCUGGCAAAAUCUUCUGUUGAUAGUUUACAAAUGAACCUACCAAAGCAUUUCUUUCCCUUUUUUGGGGACACAGUAAAAAUCAUGCUUGUGUAGAAUGUGGCAACACAGUAACCUAGCUGCCAAAUGAGCAUCCUGACUCUUUUAUAUGACCUUCUCUCUCUGGCUUGCUUCAAAAAUCGUUGAGCUUGAGACCUUGAUCCUUACUUUUGGAGCGUUUCAUGUGUUGGGCCUUGGAUUUCAAGAUGACUGCUUCUACUUGGAUAACAUCAGCUCCAUCAGCAGCAUGAGAAGAACCCAUUUCCUUAGAAGAAAGCCUAUGAUUGGUGGGACUAGAAUAUUGUUUAUGGUUUAUAAAUGUGGUACAAUAAAUAAUUGGUCACAGA